UCUCGAAACGCCGAACGCCGAUCGAAUCUGUAAUUUUUAGGUGAUGUGACUUGUGAAGUGAAAAUAUUUAAUAAAUACAACUAAUUUUAUAUUUAAAUAGUAGCUUUCAUCAAAUUAUCACAUAACAAAAUGUCUGGAGGCAGUGGCGGCAACAGAAACGAAUGUAGGAUUUACGUCGGUAAUUUACCCCCAGAUAUAAGAACAAAGGACAUUCAAGACCUUUUCUACAAGUUUGGCAAAGUAACAUUCGUUGAUCUGAAAAAUAGGAAAGGACCGCCAUUUGCCUUCGUCGAGUUUGAGGAUCCACGGGACGCUGACGAUGCGGUGCGAGCGCGUGACGGCUACGACUACGACGGUUACCGCCUCCGGGUGGAGUUCCCGCGCGGGGGCGGCGGCGGCGGGGCGCGGGGCGGGCGCGCGCCCUCCGACCGCUUUGGUCCCCGGGCCGCGGCGAGAGGGCCGCCGGCAAGACGGUCAGAGUACAGGGUCCUCGUUACUGGCCUACCACCCUCGGGGUCCUGGCAGGAUCUGAAAGACCACAUGCGCGAGGCGGGUGACGUGUGCUUCGCUGACACAUUCAAAGACGGCACCGGAGUGGUGGAGUUCCUGAGACACGAGGACAUGAAGUAUGCUGUGAAGAAGUUAGAUGACUCGAGGUUUAGAAGUCAUGAGGGUGAGGUGUCAUACAUUCGUGUGAAGGAGGACUACGGCGGCGGUGGCGGCGGAGACCGCUACAGCGGCGACCGGGACAGGUCCCGCUCAUACUCGCCGCGGCGGCGCGGUUCGCCCACAUACUCGCCGGUUCGCCGCUCCUACUCGCGUUCCCGUUCGCGCGACCGCACGCACAACUAUUGAGCGCAAGCAGUUUUUCUUGGAUUUGCGCCUGGUAUUCAGGAUUGUCAGGAUAAGGAACGCUUUACGGGAGCGUAAUGUUGUAUGGCCGAGUUUUGGCAGUCGAUAAUCGACAUUAUGGAUUUUUUAAUGCGAGGGAUAUUUUGGAUUGAGAGAAGUAAUUACUUUUUAAUCUUUUUACUUUCCGCUUGAGGAUAUAUUCCAUGACUGUAUUUAAUGGACUUGACUGCAACCGAUGUGUUCAUUACGGAGGCCUAGUCCGUGCAGGGUAUUUUUAUACGGCGUACGUCGUCCGUGGUGCGCCCGAGGGCGGAGCGCGGACCGCAGUGCGACCGCAGUGCUGUUUGUGUAGCUCCCGCGCCGCCGCCCGCCGCCGCCGCCGCAGCCAGCAGCCGCCGCAGCAGCCGACACUUGUCAUGUUAGCCCCAACACUUAGUGAUAGUUCAGACGAAGCGGAAACCGCGCGUUUCCCGUGCAGAAACCGAGCGGUCAAGCGAAUGUUGUAUUACAACGCCUCUGUAAUAAGCUGCGAGUUACCGCACGGGUCUAAACCGCACGACUCCCGCUGCGUCCGAACACGGUCCUAGACGUAACCAUUAAAAUUGUUUUCUUUUGUUUCAUCCUCUGUGGAUUGGAUGCACGACGGAGGUGUGAUGAUGCCGUAGGAUCGCUGUAGGAUACGGAGUUGUGGAUAAGGAUAGGACGCGCGCACUCACCGCCUCGGAUCUCCUCCCAGGACCGGACGGAUAUUAACUUAGUUUGGAACGGAUAGCCGGAGGACGGAUCGGGUAUGAAUUUUGACAGAACUUUGUUGAGUGCACGCUCCGUACACGAUUAAUGUUUGUUUAUAUCCUUUACUCACACUUUAUUCGCUUCGGAUAGGGGUAGGGCGCGAGAUAUACCAACCAUUAUUGCGUUUAAAACUCGACAUUAACUACACGGCCUCCGGCCAGUUAAUUUUCUUAGAAUUGACGCUUCUUCUUGAACCAUUUUCGUCGAUUAAUAUUGUGUUUAUUAAUAUUAUUCAUGAGUUCAUCUAUGAGUGUGCAACGUAGUUCUACACUUGGCCGACAGUAGUCACCAUUAAUCAUAAUUGAACGCAAUAACGCUUUCUAUAUUUCGCUUGCGACUAGCAUGCUUGAGCUUGCGUCGACUCGAGCGGAGCUGACGGACGGACAGGACACCGGCCGAGUUUAUAUAUGGAGUUAGGGAAAUUGGAUGUAGUUUGUUCUUGAAAAACUGUGAAAUAUAUUUUGAGCUGUGUAUUAGAUAUUGAUUUGAGUGAAUCCAAUUUUGUUCCAAAAUAGUGAGAUAGCUUUCUUAUUUAAAUUUCAUAGAUUCAAUUCAUUAAAAUUACCUAGUCAGUAGACCAAGUUGCCAAAAGCAAAAUUGUAUUUCAAAUUUGGAUUUCCUAGGAAAUUGUAACGACAUUGGCCAUAUUUAAAUUAAAUUGGAUAAUAUCUGUGUGUAGUAAACUCGGCCUCGGAUAUGAAAAGACUCUCGGUUAUAAGUUGUAUUAUGGGGGGGGUGUGUUUUUAUCAAUAAUGUAAGAUGUACUCGUAUUGGACUGACGUCACUUUUAUAUCAUAGUAUAAAAUUGUAAAUGUAAAUUUAAAAUUGAUGUGCAUUCCAAAAACUACACGGUUUGAUGGAUUUUAAUAAAUUACUUUAUCACGUGA